AUGGCAGACGUCGAAGCUCCCGAAGCCGGCCCCUCUGUACCGACCGGGCCCCAGCCGCGCGAAGUCGUCUACUGUGCCGUGUGCACCUUCCCACCGGAGUACUGCGAGUUCGGCCCGUCCCCCUCGAAAUGCAGGACAUGGUUGCGCGACCACCAGCCCGAGCUCUACUCCAAGCUAUGGUCCGAAGAAGCCAUUACUUCCAACCUUGCCAACCUCACCACUAAGCAGGCUGAAGACCUCAAGCGAGAAGCUGCGAAGAAGGAGCGCAAGACCGUCGCUAAGGAGGAACGCGAGCGGGCACAGAUGGCUGCAUCCCGCAUCGUGCUCAAGAAGGAAGCCCGCACCAAGCGCAAAGUUACCACGAGCGUGAUUGGGCUGCAUCUGUUCUCACCCCCUCUUCCGGCGUUGAAGGUCGUCGCCAAAGCACUGUCGUCUCGAUUCGCCACGGGCGCCUCGGUCAGCAAGAGCGUCCAAAACCCAGGCGUUGACGAGAUUGUGGUUCAGGGAGAUGUGGCGGAUGACGUCCGCGAACUCAUCCUCAGUCGCACAAAGCCUUUCCAUGAAUUGCCCUCGGAAGCAGACGGCGGCCCCUCGGAAAAGAACGUCGUGAUCGAAGAGGACAAGAAAGUAGCCAAGAAAGCCACCACUCCUGGCGCCGCCGGUGCUGCUGCCUCGGAGGACUAA